AUGAGAGUGUCAUUUAGAUGUCUACAGGAGGUUUUGGCUAGGCUGCAGAUUGAGUCCCAAUUGAAGGCCAUCAAUGAGCUGCUGGCGGGUGCUGGUGUAUGGAAGGUGGUAUCUAGUGGAACAGGUGGUGAAGAAUCACUGCUUGAAGCUGACUAUAAGUUGAAGAACUUUUCGAAAACAUGGAUAUUUCUUAAUAACGUUGCUGCUGCUGCUCAUACGAGUAAGCAUCAUCCUACCAUCACUACCACUUACAAUAAGGUGAACUUUAGUCUCACUACACACGAUGCUGGUAACCAGGUGACGAGAAAAGACUUGAGACUAGCUCAGCAGAUCCAAAAUAUCUACGUUGACCAGACGGAAAAGACGCCGAUUUCGUCUAGCGACUUUUUCACCGAAGCAAGAAACAUGGCUGACCGUACCAAGGUGACCGAUGUUAUAGACAAGUUAACGAAACGUAAGUUAUGA